AUGUUGUUGCUGCUGCUGUUCUCUCAGGCUGCUUUCAGGGUUGCUUGUCAGACAUGUGCCUUAGGAAGACGCAAGCACAAUGGGUACCAUGAAGAAGGAGAUUUUAUCAUUGGAGGCAUCAUGUCUAAUAUUCUUGCUAAUCUUGGUGAAGGUUAUAUGUUUGAGCAACAGCCUUCUCCCUAUUUUUCCAAUGUUUGGCUGUUCCCCAAAAAAUUUCAGUACCUCCUGGCCUUCUUGUUUACAGUACAGGAGAUUAACAAACAUCCUACACUAUUGCCCAACCUCACACUUGGAAUCUACAUCUGUCAAGAUUUCUUGUAUGAACAGACAGUCUAUCUGAAUGCUAUAAGCUUAAGCUCAGGAAAAAAUAAGGUUAUCCCUAACUACAACUGUGAGAGAAAAUGGCUUCUUUCUAUAAUUGGAACUCUGAGAUCUGACUUAUCCAUAAAUACAGCUAAUUUUCUAGGGAUAUACAAGAUCCCACAGAUCAGCUAUGGCUCUUUUGACUCUACCUUGAAUGAAACUCCCCUGUUCCCUUUCUUCUAUCGAACUGUUCCCAGUGUAUCAUUGCAGUUUAUUGGCGUGAGCCGUUUACUGGCAUAUUUCGGCUGGAAGUGGAUCAGCUUAAUCACUUCAGAAAAUGACAAUGGCAGGGAUUUUCUUCAGAUAAUGUCCCAAGAAAUGAGAAAAACAAAUUCCUGUGUCGAGCUCACCAUUCUGUUUCGUGCUAAUGUCCACAUUGAUCCAGAAUCAAUCCAGAAGUUAGCCAUGCACCUUUCCAGGCUCUCAUCCAAUGUCAUGGUUGCUCAUGGAGAAAGCAAUCAGUUCAUCGUGCUCAAUAUUCUUCUGAUAGAAAAAGAGAUCGGCAGAAAGGUUUGGAUCAUAACAGCGAUGUGGGAUUUCACCUCCCACUCUGGCAUAAUCCCUCUGAAUUUGACAGCAUUCAAUGGUGCACUCUCAUUUGAAGUGCAUAAACGAGAAAUUCCAGGGUUCCGGAAAUUUCUUAGAGGAUUAAAUCCUGACCAGUACCAAAAUGAGCUUUAUUUGAAAAACUUCUGGUCUGAACUAUUCAAUUGCACAUGGUCAUCCGAUGCAUUGGACACAAACUGGAAAAAGUGUACAACAAAUGAGAAUCUGGAGGAUGUAGAUGUUAAUUUAUUUGACAUGAACACAUCCUGGCUUAGCUACAGUAUUUCCAAUGCUCUUUAUGCCAUAGCUCACACUUUGCAUGCAAUAGUCUCUUUGCAAUCAGCAAAUAUGAUGAAAAAAUCUAGAGUGGAGCUCCAUGCUAUUCAGGCAUGGCAACUAAACCCUUUCUUGAAGGAAAUCCGAUUUAACAACAGUGCCAGAGAGGAGAUAACUUUUGAUGAUACUGGUCAUUUGCAUGCUGGAUAUGACAUUUUAAACUGGGUAAUUUUGCCAAACAAUACUCCUGCCCCUACCCAGUUUGGAAGCAUUGAACCUCAAGGCUUUGCAAAGAAUCACACCUUCCUUAUCCAUGAUGAAGUGAUCGUGUGGAGCAACAGUUUUAACCAGACUCCAAGUUCUGUGUGCAGUGAAAGUUGCCUUCCUGGGUACAGGAGAGUGAUUCCAGAGGGGAAGCUGCCUUGCUGUUUCAUUUGUGAUCAGUGCAUAGAAGGAGAAGUCUCUAGCCAGAAGGAUAUGGAUCAUUGUGAGGAAUGCCCAGAAGACCAAUAUCCAAGUGUCUGCCAAGAUAACUGUAUUCCAAAAGUUGUGUCCUUCCUCUCAUAUGAAGAACCUUUGGGAAUCAUUUUGGCUUCCACCUCAGGCUGCCUCUCCCUCGUCACAGUUUUGGUUCUAGGACUAUUUAUUAAAAACAGGAGCACACCAAUCGUGAAGGCCAAUAACCGUGACCUCACCUUCAUUCUCCUCACCUCCCUCUUGCUCUCUUUCCUUUGCGCCUUGAUAUUCAUUGGACAGCCAAGGAAGGUGACCUGCCUUCUCCGGCAAAUGACUUUUGGCAUCAUCUUCUCAACUGCAGUUUCCUCCCUUUUGGCAAAAACCAUUACUGUGGUCUUGGCCUUUCUGGCUAGAAGUCCAGGAAAUGGGAUGCGGAAAUUGAUGGGGAAAAAGCUAGCAAACUCCAUUGUCCUCUUCUGCACCCUUCUUCAACUUGGCAUAUGUGGCAUCUGGCUUGGAAUUGCUCCCCCAUUCCCAGAUGUCGAAAAGUCAUUGGAGUAUGGCCGUAUGAGCCUUGUAUGCAAUGAAGGGUCUGUUACCAUGUUCUACAUUGUACUAGGCUACAUGGGAGUUCUAGCCAUAGUCUGCUGUACUGUGGCUUUCCUGGCCAGGCAGCUACCUGAUGGUUUUAAUGAAACUAAAUUGAUUACCUUCAGCAUGUUGGUGUUUUGCUGUGUUUGGUUGUCCUUUAUUCCAACUUACCUGAGCAGCAAAGGGAAAUACAUGGUGGCUGUGGAGAUCUUCUCCAUCUUGGCUUCCAGCACUGCUUUGCUGAUUUUUAUUUUUUUCCCCAAAUGCUACAUUAUUGUGCUGAGACCAGAGAGGAACAGAAAAGUACAUAUACUUCAAAAACCCAGUACUUGUUUCAAACAAUUAUAA